AAAGGGGGUCAUUAAGGGCAAUACUCUAAACUAAUCAUGGAGCAAUGGAGCCUAAAGCUUGUUUACUGAGCAAAGCUUCAGACACCGUCCCCUAAUCUCAGCACCCCUUUCUCCCUCCCUCCCUCCCAACAAGGUUUAAGAUAGGUCUGCCUUCUAGCUACAUCUCCUUCCUCUCCAACCACAAUGGAUGCAACUGCAGCUGGCAAGAAGAUGGGCAUAGGAGGAGAGAAAAAGCAGCAGAGGAAACCAGGUUCUUCCUUCUGGGGAGCCAUGGCGUUGAAGAGCAGAAGCCAGCCAGGAGGAGCAGGAGAAAGCAAGAACAUCAAGAGCGAGAGGAAGACGACGACGACCACAACGAAAAGGAGUGUCAGCAUUGGUAGGAGCAUGACUUGCCCAGGGUCAAUCUGCGGCACCAAGGAGAGCGCUGUGCUGAGCAGGGAAAGCUGCCGGAAUAGCCAUAGCGGCCGCAAUGUCUCCAGCAGCAGUAGGUCUCUCAAGGCUCCGGACAAUGACAUCUUGUCCGUGCCCGUGGUGGCUUCCGGCGCGGUCGUGUCAGCGUCGUCGUCGUUCAACUCGGAGACCUCGGUGGCUACGACGGCGACCACUGUCAGCUCCUCCUCCUCGUCGUCGUCGGCUCUCUCGUCGCCGCUUUCGUCCAUCGUUGCCGGUUCCAGGUCUUUCAGGAAGCUCUCCGGCUGCUACUACGAGUGCCACUCGGCGCUCGACCCCAGGACAAGCCUCGUCGGCGGCGCCGGCAUGCUCCCCUGCUCCGACUGCGACGAGUUCUUCGCCAAAGCCGAGUCCCUCGAGCUUCACCGAGCAACCCGCCAUGCAGUUUCGGAGCUCGGCGCCGAGGACACGAGCAGGAACGUGGUGGAGAUCAUCUUCCAGUCGAGCUGGCUCGUCGGGAAGCCGCGGGCGGCGCCGAUUUGCAGGAUCGAGAGGAUUCUGAAGGUGUACAGCUCCGGCAGGACCGUGGAGAGGUUCGAGCAGUACAGGGAGCGCGUCAAGGCGAUUGCGGCGAGCAGCACCGAUGAGCUGGCCAGGAGGAGCUUCCCGCGGUGCGCCGCCGACGGCAACGAGAUCCUCCGGUUCCACUGCACCACCUUCACGUGCUCCCUCGGCCUCGCCGGCGCCACCUCCCUCUGCCGGUCGUCCCCGCAGCAGUGCAAACUGUGCAGCAUUAUCAGAGACGGCUUCAGGGUCGACGGCGAUGGGAAAAUUGCGACGAUGGCGACGAGCGGGCGGGCUCACGACAAGGCGCAAACGCCUCUGCCGGGCGGCGGCGGCGGCGAGAAGAGGGCGAUGCUGGUGUGCAGGGUGGUGGCAGGGAGAGUGAAGAAGCUCGUCAACAGCAGCAAUUCUUCGGAGGAGUCUGGCUGUGACAGCGUCAGUUCCUGCUCAGAUUUGGAUGAACUCUCUGUGUUCAACCCAUUGGCUAUACUGCCUUGCUUUGUAGUGAUGUAUGCAGUGGCUACUGAGACAUAAUAAUCACAUUGUCUGUGGUGUGGUGUGUAACAUAACUUUGCUGCUAGUUUUGCUCCCUUAAUUCGCUUCUCUUUGUAGCCCCUCUGUUCCCCGUUGAUGAUCAUCAGUUCAUGAUUCAA